CUCGCUGGCACCCGCCCCCGGAGCCCGGCUGUGCGGAGUGGAGCGGCGCUCGCUCUCCGAUCGCUCCGCAGCAGCGCGGGGCUGGCUGGCUGACUCGGCGGCUGCAGCCCGGCACCCCUCCCUGCCAUCGCUCCCGGCGCCCUGGGAGGCGAGCAGCAAACCCGCCCCCCGCCGCCUCCUGCCGAUGAGCCCCGCAGCCGGCCGCCCCUGCAGCCAGCCAGCCCCGGCGGGUAUAUGGAUAGGAGCUCCUUGCUGCAGCUCAUCCAGGAGCAGCUUGAUCCAGACAACACCGGUUUCAUUGGCGUAGAGACCUUCGCCAGCCUGGUGCACAGCCAUGAGCUGCCCCUGGAUCCUUCCAAGCUGGAGAUGCUGGUGGCUCUGGCCCAGAGCAACGAUGAAGGGCAGAUCUGCUAUCAGGAGCUGGUAGACCUGGUCAGUAACAUUAGCAGUAAACGUUCCAGUAGCUUCAAACGAGCCAUUGCCAAUGGGCAGAGGGCACUGCCCCGGGACGUGCUGCUGGACGAGACUGGCCUGGGCUUUUACAAGCGCUUUGUCCGCUAUGUGGCCUAUGAGAUCCUGCCCUGCGAGAUGGACCGGCGCUGGUACUUCUAUCAGCACCGCACCUGCCCUCCGCCCAUUUUCAUGGCAGCCGUCACGCUGACCCAGAUCAUCGUGUUCCUCUGCUACGGGGCCCGGCUGAACCGAUGGGUCCUGCAGACCUACCAUCCAGAGUACAUGAAGAGCCCGCUGGUGUACCACCCGGGGCACCGAGCCCGCGCCUGGAGAUUCUUCACCUACAUGUUCAUGCACGUUGGGUUGGAACAGCUGGGAUUCAAUGCCCUCCUUCAGCUGAUGAUUGGGGUCCCCCUGGAGAUGGUCCAUGGCAUCUUACGCAUCAGCUUCCUCUACCUGGCAGGGGUGCUGGCAGGCUCCCUGACUGUCUCCAUCACAGACAUGAGGGCCCCUCUGGUCGGAGGCUCGGGGGGUGUCUAUGCCCUCUGCUCCGCUCACCUGGCCAACGUUGUCAUGAACUGGGCGGGGAUGCGUUGCCCAUACAAGCUGCUCCGGAUGGUCCUGGCUCUGGUGUGCAUGAGCUCUGAGGUGGGCCGUGCCGUUUGGCUCCGUUUCUCUCCACCUCUGGCAGCUUCUGGCCCCCAGCCCAGCUUCAUGGCCCAUCUGGCAGGCGCCAUCGUAGGCAUCAGCAUGGGGCUGACCAUCCUGCGCAGCUAUGAGGAGAACCUGCAGGACCAGUGUGUCUGGUGGGUGGUGCUGCUCUCCUACGCCACCUUCCUCGUCUUCGCUGUCUUCUGGAACAUAUUCGCUUAUGACCUGUUGGGGACACAGAUCCCUCCUCCGCCGUAGCAUCCCCCCCACCCCCCCCGGCCCUCAACACCCACCCUGAAAGUGCCAAAACCCAGAUGAUGCGGGUGCCAACCUCCCGGCUGGAGCCCUGCCACACACUUUUUCUAUCAGUGUGUUAUUUCAGCCGGAUGCUGGACUGGAUCUUCCUCGGCCCCUGCUUGAGGCUGGGAGGCAACAGACGCGUGACACAGAAUCAAGGAAAACUGCCCGCCCGCAGAUCCCAAAACAGCCCCCCUUCCGAGCGCGGCCGGAAAGCAAUUCCGCCCUGGUGUGUUGGAGUGAAUGAGUGUGCUCCCCGGGCAAGGGUGGGCGGGAGUGAACCGGCAGACCUGCCCCCCUGUGCCAGGCUGGGUAUGCCAAUGCUCCCUCGUGACUGUACAGUUUUCCUGCUCCUACCUCUCCCUCGCCCCUCUCUAGUUCUCUUGGGGGCGGGGGCAGCCCAGCUACUCUGCUGUGGGCAGCACCAGCACAGCAGGGACCCCAGUAAAAUACUCUUCCCGUGUAAAGAUGAUUAUCUCGCUCGCUCUUGUGCCCUCUGUUCCCCCUUUCCUGCUUCUCCCCAUCCCUGCACCCCAUUCUCCAUGCAGUCCCUUACGGCAGAGUCCUGGGGGGGGGCAGCAUGGUAAGGGGGAAAAGCUCCCUGCAUGAAAUCUUUGCUCCUUGCUUCCAGGCCCAGGAGAGAGUAGCGAGGGGACUCCAUUUGCCCAUGGGCUGCAGAGAUAGGGCAGACAGCAGCAGCCGCAAUGCCCCCUGGCUCUGCAGAGGACAGGGCCAAUGCAGCUGGGUUCAGGGACUGAUGGCAGCUCAGUGUAGCCGCAGGUCAGGAGGGAGCCCAUCUUUCCUUUAUCCCUAGAAACAGCCAUGUCAAGCUCUGGUCUCUGUGCCAAGGGCCGUUACAGUGCUCCCUGGCUUAUUUAGCCCUUUAAGAGCUCACUUGGCACACAGUUCAGGGUUAGUCUGAGCACCCACCCAGUGUGCAGGGGCCAGGGCCUCUCGGCCCCCACUCCCAACACAAAUCACUCUUUGACAUGAUGGACUCUGGUGACAACAAGAUUUUUUCUGCACCAAAUCAGAGCUGAAACCAGCCAGACUCAUUUCAGCUAUGACCCCGAGUUUGGCCCUCCAGGUCCCAAAGCCUGCACACCCCAGGGCUUUCGAUAGCUGGUAUGAAACACCUCCCAGAGUCGCUCCACGGCAGCUGGCAUUGCUGGGGGCUUUCCCGAGCAAUGGGUUGGUGCCUCGUGCUGAGAGGGGCAGGGAUGGCCGAGGGAAAGAGGCAGGACCCGCAUUUGAAGUCUGACCCUUUUUGGAGUAUAAAUAAAUAUUUUGCACAC